GCCAAUUGCAUAUCACGACCCCUUUUCUAUCUUUUAGUAAGAUGAAAGAUCAUCAUCAUCAUCAUCAUCAUUCAUUCCGUGAACUAAUGAUAGUAUGCAUCGAGACUUUAGCUAUCUACUACAGCAGCACGGUCGUAUGCUAAGUGUUAGUUUCGCAAAUCACUAACUGAUUAAGCAAAUGUUAGAAGCCGACGAUACAUUUGGAGAAGCAUUCGAAUACCGAAUUUGAAGUCCGGAAAUGUCGGUUUAGCUAUGCUCUCCGAACUAAGAAUUGCUAUAUUCCUACCUACUUGACAUUUUAGAAUCUCGAAAACCUCUACCAUUAGGCCAAUUAGGAGCUAAGAUGAUGCACAAUCAGCUCAGCUGACCCCCAGUAGACUUAACAGCUGCAUACAUGUAGAUAGAUUAGAGGAGAGUGACCCGAAGACACAUCUACUUAAUAAAACUGGUCUAGAUCUUCCGCCGUUCCUGGGACACGCGGGAUUCUGGGGUUAUAAUCCUCCUUUUAACGCCGGCGAUCGGCACAAUGCAGGGUCGAUAUUCGGCAGAUGAGUUGACGAGGUUAGCUACCUGCGGGGUAGACGAUAGCCCUUGGCUGCACGAUAUAUGAGUGGCAGAUAUAAAUAAGAUGAUCUAAGAACGGAGUACCAUAUUUGGUUCCCUAAUGCUUGGUCGAUUCAUCUGUUAGAUCUUUACGCCAUGUCCUUUUUAGAUGAGGCUCAGUCAGACGUGCCGCUUCUUUCGGAGAAGCACUCCGGUAUCCCGGAGUUCCUACUAGAGAAAGCCCGCGAGGCCAAAGCCGGCAUCUUUGAAACAAGAACAAAACCCAAGGCCACGAAGGAUAGGCGACCUGUUAUCCCUCCUGGUGUUGAAGAGCAGGUGUUUGUUACUGCGCUUGGUGAACUUGGGAAGCAGCUGGGCCAGGAUAAUGUCGAACGUAAUGACAAGCCGUUAAAAGAUGGGUGGUACAUGGAACAUCCGAACACCCAUGACCUAAUGACAAUCCUCGAUGAAGAGGAACUGGUACCGUCAGCGAUGGUCUAUCCUGGAAGUACUGAAGAAGUCCAGCAAGUUGUUCUAUGGGCGAACAAGUACCACAUACCCAUUUUCCCCAUCUCAAUGGGUCGAAAUCUGGGAUAUGGCGGUGCAGCUCCUCGAGUGCGUGGAUCCGUCCUUGUUGAUCUUGGCAGACGCAUGAACAAAAUACUUGACAUUAGCCCGGAAGAUUAUACGUGUCUUCUUGAGCCGGGUGUCUCCUUCUACGCUCUUCAUGAGGCGAUCAAGACAAAGGGAUACGAUCAUCUUUGGAUUGAUGUCCCAGAUGUCGGCGGUGGUUCUGUCAUAGGGAACACUGUAGAUCGCGGCGUUGGAUACACGCCUUACGGAGACCAUUGGGCGUGCCAUUCGGGUUUAGAGGUCGUACUUCCAACGGGAGAGGUCAUCCGAACGGGUAUGGGCGCUCUUCCGGGUAAUAAUACUUGGCAGAUGUUUCCUUAUGGGUUUGGCCCAUAUUCUGAUGGAAUUUUCUCGCAGUCUAACUUUGGCAUUGUGACCAAGAUGGGAAUGACGUUGAUGCCGAACCCAGGCGGACAUGAAGGCUUCAUGUACACAUUUCAAAAGGAAGAAGAUCUUAAUCAGCUAAUCGAGAUCAUUCGUCCGCUCCGAAUCAGCAAUAUCCUAGAGAAUGUUGCACAACUGCGCCAUGUCACGCAAACUAUCGCAGUCCGCGGUAGACCGCGAACCGACUUUUAUAAAGGUGAGGGUACGAUUCCGGAUAGUGUGGUCCACGAAGUUGCGGCCGCUCUACCCAUUGGUGACCAUACGUGGGCUUACUAUGGCAUGUCGUAUGGUCCCCCACAUAUCCGCCAGUAUAAGCUCUCUAUUAUCGACACCGAAUUCAAGAAAGUCCCGGGUGCUCGCCGGAUUGAUCCGUCGACGCUGCCACCGGAUGAGUAUUUUUGGGCUAGGGACCGCAUCGCCUCAGGUACUCCCGAACUUCAUGAGUUACGUUGGGUCAAUUGGAUGCCCAACGGCGCCCAUAUCGCAUUUUCGCCUGUCAGCCCAAUCCGUGGCACCGACGCGACCAAGUUGUUCAAACUAGCUAAGAAAAGACAUGACGAGUUCGGGGUUGACCUGUUCCCGGCGUUCUGCGUCGGCCUGCGCGAAAUGCAUCUCAUCGUCGAGCUUGUAUAUGAUCGCGCAGAUCCUAAGCGCCGACAAGAUGUGCUAGACUGCUUGCGACAUCUAGUAGACGACGCGGCGGCAUGUGGGUAUGGAGAAUAUCGAACGCAUCUGGUGCUCAUGGAUCAGGUCGCCGGGACAUAUAACUGGAACGACGGUGCACUAAUGAAGUUCCACGAGAAGUUGAAGGAUGCGCUGGAUCCUAACGGCAUCAUGGCUCCCGGGCGCUGUGGUAUCUGGCCAAAGAAGUAUAGGAACCGAGGGUGGGAGAUGACGAAAGCUAGCGGUGGGAAUUCUCAAGGCCAUGGCGUUGCGCUACCUUCAUAGGGUGGUCAGCCUGCUCUGCCGUUAUUAGAUGAGAGUUCCAAUUAAACGGCACAUAAGAGAACUACAAGCCAUCGAAAUAAGCUACCUUCAGAACAGGCUCUCGACAGUUGUGGAUCGAACAGGAUAUUGUCGAAUCAUGUUCACAAAUAUAAUUUCGUAAACUCUCACUUGCUUCCAUUUUAUCAACAUACCCCAAGGGUCUAUGUUGCUUUCGAAUGGCUUAGAAGCCAACAGCAAUGAUCAUGAGAUGCUAUGAACCAAAGCAGUCAUGUCCAGUCAGAUGGAUCCGAUAUAUCAAUAUAUCAGUUCCAACAACUCGGAAUAACCGGUUAGGUCGACCUGUAUAGAUAAAAAGCAAACAAUAGUGUCCAAACCGAGGACACACUCAUUGGUUCCCUGUCCAAAUAGGUUGUUCUUGGUGUUACACGACAUGUAUUAUAAAGUACGUCCCUUCCAAUAAGGACCGGCCCCAUGCAAACAACUAUCGUCAUGCACGACGACGUGUAAGGGGGUUAGUUAGGGCUUUACCUUACGGGUAUUUCUUAUACCUUUAAAGUCACGAUCUCUACACUCUUUUAUACUUAGUAUUAG